GGGGAUCACCCUUAACCUUCAGCUCUUCAGCUCUCCAAUGCAAACGAACCCCUAAAACGGUGGCUUGCAGGCUUGUGUGAGUUCUUUAGAAGGGAGGAGGUGGCUGCUUCCUCCCAGGGCUCCAGUACCUGUGUUCUACCCAGCUGUGUCAAAACCCAGGUCAUUUCCCUCGUUAAAGAACAUUAGAGCCUUUGCCCUUUGCCUGACUGGCAAAGCUUUUAAUUAGCUUACCCUGGCAUACUGCUAGACAUAAAGGGGACAAUCCCUAGAUUCAGAAGCAGUUCUCCAGUCGGAGGAGGGAGUCUCAAAGCAGGGUAGGAAGGGUGCGAGAACCAGUAGUCCACACUGUCACUAACGCUUAUGGGAGCAGAAGACUGUCACUCUAUCCCAACCCAGGUUUUCUUUAUCUUGAUCUCACAGACAGGAGCCGUACUGGAAAUUUUUCGGAGCUAGAGAAAGCAGUUCUUCUCUGAGGAGACAGCAGAGAUGGGGAGUGGAAUCAGUGCCGAGGAUAAAGAACUUGCCAAGAGGUCCAAGGAGCUGGAAAGGAAGCUGCAGGAGGAUGCUGAGAAGGAAGCCAAGACGGUCAAGCUGCUGCUGCUUGGUGCUGGGGAGUCAGGAAAGAGCACCAUCGUCAAACAGAUGAAGAUCAUUCACCAGGAUGGAUACUCUCCAGAAGAAUGCCUAGAAUUCAAAUCUGUCAUCUAUGGGAACGUGUUGCAGUCCAUCCUGGCUAUCGUCAGAGCCAUGGCCACACUAGGCAUCGACUAUGCAGAACCAAGCUGUGCGGAUGCGGGUCGACAGCUCAAUAACCUGGCAGACUCCAUUGAGGAGGGGACCAUGCCCCCUGAGCUGGUGGAGGUCAUCAGGAAGUUGUGGAAGGACCCUGGCAUUCAAGCCUGCUUUGACAGAGCUGCAGAGUUCCAGCUCAAUGACUCGGCAUCUUACUACCUGAACCAGCUGGACCGGAUUACAGACCCUGACUACCUUCCCAGUGAGCAAGAUGUGCUCCGAUCCAGAGUCAAAACCACAGGCAUUAUCGAGACCAAGUUUUCUGUGAAAGAUCUGAAUUUCAGGAUGUUUGACGUGGGAGGGCAGAGAUCAGAGAGGAAGAAAUGGAUCCACUGCUUUGAGGGAGUCACCUGCAUCAUUUUCUGCGCGGCUCUCAGCGCCUAUGACAUGGUGCUGGUGGAAGACGAUGAAGUGAAUCGCAUGCAUGAGUCUUUGCACCUGUUCAACAGCAUCUGUAACCACAAGUUCUUUGCAGCCACCUCCAUUGUCCUCUUCCUCAACAAGAAGGACCUCUUCGAGGAGAAAAUUAAGAAAGUCCACCUCAGUAUUUGUUUUCCAGAGUAUGAUGGGAACAACUCCUAUGAGGAUGCCGGGAAUUAUAUCAAGAGCCAGUUCCUUGACCUCAACAUGAGAAGAGAUGUCAAAGAAAUCUACAGUCACAUGACCUGUGCGACAGACACACAGAAUGUCAAAUUUGUGUUCGAUGCAGUUACAGAUAUUAUCAUCAAAGAAAACCUCAAGGACUGUGGGCUCUUUUAA